GAUCCCAAGAAGCUGGAGGAGGAAGCACAUAAGCGGCUCAGCCAAGGAGGCUGGUAAGCUUCCCCAACCGAUGUCUCAUUUCCAAUAUCGAGUCAGCCAUAUUAACCUCCCCAGGCUCUACGCAUCCUCCAAUGCGGGCAUGUCCAACACCCAUCUGGCCAAUCGACAGGCGUUCUUCCGCCAUCGCAUUAUCCCCCGCCAGCUGGUGGACACCAACUUGCGCGACACCACCACCGAGAUCUUCGGGCACCGUGUUUCCGCUCCGAUCGGGUUCGCGCCCAUCGGGAUCAACAAGAUCUACCAUCCCUCGGGCGAGAUUGCAGUGGCCAAGGUCGCUGGUGAACUCAACCUUCCUUACUGUCUCUCCACAGCGGGGAGCUCGCCGAUCGAGAAGGUCGGCAAGGCCAACGGGAAGGGCCCUCGCUUCUACCAGUUAUACAUGCCCCACGAUGAUGAAUUGACCUUGUCCUUGCUCAACCGUGCCUGGGACUCCGGGUUUGACGCGCUUAUCCUCACGACCGAUACCUGGCAGCUAGGCUGGCGGCACGACGACGUCGCCAAUUCCAACUAUGCCUUCUACCGCGGUAUCGGGGCUGAUCUGGGAUUGACGGAUCCAGUGUUCCAGAAACGCUGCCGGGAGGCCGGCAUUGACGUGGAGAAAGAUAAGGUGGCUGCUUCGACCAAAUGGAUCGACUCCGUCUGGCAUGGGCGCGCAUGGUCGUGGGAGAAAAUCCCCUGGCUGAUUGAGCAAUGGAAGAAGAUCUCGGGUGGUCGGCCCUUCGUGAUCAAGGGCAUCCAGUCAGUGGCGGAUGCAAAGAAAUGCGUCGAGUACGGGGUGGACGGUAUCGUCGUGAGUAACCACGCCGGUCGACAGGUGGAUGGAGCGAUUGCCAGUCUCGAUGCUCUAGAGAAUAUUGCGAGCGCCGUCGGGGAUAAGAUUUACAUCAUGUUCGAUUCGGGAGUCCGUGGAGGCAGUGAUGUCGCCAAGGCGCUUUCCCUGGGAGCACGUUUUGUUUUUGUCGGUCGGCUCUGGAUCUGGGGCCUCAGUAUCAUGGGCGAAGAAGAAGUCCGUCAUGUGAUGAAGUCGUUGCUGGCCGAUUUCGAUAUCUUGAUGGCUGUUGGUGGAAUCAACAAGGUCGACGAGUUCGACAAAUCCGUACUAGAAUCCUAUCCAAAGUCAUACUCGAUGAUUCCAGAGAAGGUUCUUUAAUUUUUGAAUGCGAAGAAAACCUCCAUAACACAGGGUUAGACUGGCUAUAGACCGAGGGGAUACACGAAGUAACGACAAUAUGAAUGAUAU